AAUGUUGGCGAUCGAUGAAACUAAAAUGUGCCUGCUUCGGUUGGCCUUCGAAAUCUUGCGGGAAAUUCAAAUUUGUAAACAAAACUCCACGUUGCGUUGCUUGUCUCCGUUUCGGGACGCUGGGAAAAUCCCACUUUCUAAUUUCAAUUUACACUCCAGAAUUCGUCUCUUUUGGAGCUAGCCAAUAGUUUAAAGUCCACUGCGUUUCAUCUUUCGGUUAGUUACUCGCUUGAUUUAUUUAAUUUUUUACAAGGUCUACUUUUCACACAGCUUAUUUGAGUGAUAAAAUAUUGUCUUGUGCAAUGGGUUCGGAAACUACAGAAAAUCUACCCAAUCGAUGGGCACAGGAAUUUCGAGAACGUCUCGAAUAUCUCAGUCAUUCAAGAUUGGAGGAAGCACGUGAGGCAAGCCCAGAAGAACAAUUUGUACAUCUUUUAUCCGUUAUAUCAGAGAUGCAGGCACUGUUUAUCCAAGUAGCAAUGCAAAUUCAAGAAUACACUUGGAGGAAAAUAAUGGAAAGAAGAAGAUUGACCAUGCUCAGAAUCCAAGAAAGGAGGAUUGCGGCUUUUCACGCGUUUAAUCAGAUAAUGUUGAACCUCAGCUUGAAUUUUCCACCCCCUGUACCACCUAGUCAUAGUUUUGUAGAAGCCUCUAGUCACAACAAACGAACAAAGACUAGGAGUGGAAGAAGAAGACCCUUGAAACGUCUUGUUGCCAGGCGGCGGAUUCUCUUCCCUGAUGAUGAUAAUGUGACUCAGGAAACUUCAUCCCACUCAUCUACCAAGACGUAAUGGUUUGACCUAUGCCCUUUCAACUCAGCAAUUCCAAAAGUGUAAAGUGCCUCUUUCACUGUGAUAUGUGAGAAAAAUUGUGCCACAUCCGUGAAUUCCAAGUCCUUUUGCUGCACAUUUUCAGUGCCCAACUCAUUCGAAGUGGCAUUCUUGUGAGAAUAUUCAUUGAAAAGUUACCAAACUCAAGAAGUUUAGAGUCAAAGCUAUUUAGUUUUACACACUUCUAGAGUGACAGAAGAUCUGCCAUCUCGAUCCUGUAUUUAUUUUUUAUGCUAAACUGAGGACCGUUGAUCUUCUGUCCCAUUCUAAGAGAGUGUGAAGCCCUUCGGCAUAAACUUCAUCCAAAACACUAUCUGAAUAAUCACACCAUUUAGUUUAAGUUGUCCUUGAUGAGGAAAAUGAUUGCUCUUUUAAUUUUAGGUGUGUGAAGUCUGUCCAAAAUUAGUGGAGGGACACCUAAUUUUAAUUUAGGUACAACAGUCUGGGGGCUGUAAAGGAAUUUUCAUUAAUUGCUUUACAACUCAGCAGAAUUUAGUUAGAAUAUUGAAAUAUUCUGCUUAUUUUUCUACUUAAGACUUGUCUUAUUAGAUUUCCUUGGUUUAGUGAGAACCAGCAACAUUUUUUCAAAUUCCAAUUUUGAUGUUUCUGCAAUGAAAGCAAUUUUUUUUUACUGACAGAAUUUUCAAGAUCAAGAUCCCAUACAAUCCACUGGUGUCAAACUUCUAAUAAUUGAAUGAGCUGUUAGAUUUAAGGCAAAGUGACCAUUAAUCAAGAUGAAAACUUGUUAUUUUCAGGCGGAAAAUCUGUUCGGGGUUAAGAAUAUUUAUUCUUGACUUUGAUGGUUUUAUGCUUUUAAAAUGCUCAUUAACGUAGGGUAUAAAUGAAUAAUAUUUCAUGCAUCUGAAGCAAAUCGUUUUUGUCAUGGGUCUUUGAUAUAAGUGUAGAAUUUGUUUUCAAGGUUUUUAGUAUCAAA